AUGGAGGAAGGAGAAAGUAGCCCCUUGCUCUUCCAGGGCAUCGCUGGCCAAGAGCCACCACUCGCCAGGAACAGUCCCCCUCCUGCAAAAUCCCCAGGUCCAACACUCUGGAAGGACCAGACAGGGGUAUGGGGCUGCAGAUGCUGGCCUGGAGCAAAGCACCAAGCCUGGAGGGACGGCCUGGCCUCCUCCCUCCACCUUUCCAUAGGGAGCAGCUGUGUCAAGUACCUGACCUUCCUCUCCAACUUCGUCUUCUCCCUGCUGGCCCUGCUGGCCCUGGCUGCAGGGCUCUGGGGCCUAGCUGUUAAAAGUUCUGUGGGGAGUGGCUGGGAUGGACCCCUGCCCACAGACCCCAUGCUGAUGCUGGUGCUGGGAGGCCUGGUGGUCAGCGUGGUGAGCCUGUCCGGCUGUCUGGGUGCUCUCUGUGAGAACAGCUGCCUCCUGCACUGCUACUGUGGGGCUGUCCUCUCCUGCCUGGCCCUGGAAGCCCUGGCGGGGGCUCUAGUGGUAACCCUGUGGGGCCCGCUGCGGGCCGGCCUGGAGUCUGCCCUUCAUGCUGCCGUCAUCCGCUACUGGGAUGACCCAGACUUGCGCUUCCUCCUCGACCACGUCCAGCUGGGGCUGCAGUGCUGCGGAGCACUAUCCUACCAGGACUGGCAACAGAACCUGUACUUUAACUGCAGCUCUCCUGGGGUGCAAGCCUGUAGCCUUCCUGCCUCCUGCUGCAUCGACCCCCAGGAAGAGAGAGCUUCAGGGAACACUCAGUGUGGCUUCGGGGCGUUGCGCCUGGACCAGAAUGCAGCCGCACUGGUAGUGCACCUGCAGGGCUGCGGGCCCGCACUGCAGGAAUGGCUGCAAGGGAACAUGCCGGCCAUAGGAGGCUGUGCCGUCACUAUUGUCAUGAUCCAAGGGACUGAACUCCUGUUGGCUGCUUGCCUGCUGAGGGCUCUUGCUGUCCAAGCAGCAGAGGACACAGAACCCAGCCCUCCCCCCGAGCAGAGCUGA